CACAUCAAGUCAGAUACCAAGAACUCUCUCAUCUUUUAUUUCUGCGGAAUAUGGCGCUCACAGUGUCAAUACUUCUAGUCUGCGCCACGGCGGUGUUAGCAUCUCAUCCUCCCCCCUAUGGACAUCAUCAACCUGCUUACGGUCAUCACCAGCCUGCUUAUGGUCACCAGCCUUCCUACAAACACUCUUACUGCGAUCCUACAAAAACCCCAGUUUGCGCCGCCAAUUCAUCCCUCACCUACUGCUUAGAAGAUCCCGAAUACCCCGAGUAUGAGAUCAAAGGCGCCAUCAGCGCUGACUACCUCUUCGCCAAGAAGUACGCCGAUAUCGCUGACCAGUCAGCUGACGACCUUGUAGACAUGGUCACUAAGGAACAAGAAGAGGGCUUUGAUUACUCCUAUUACACUGGUGCUUCCACUGGUCCUUCCCCAUACGACGCCACUCACUGGGGAGGUCCUGAAGGAUACAUCUGCCCCUCAGACGUCGCUUACGCCAUGCCCAAGCGAGCUCAGAACGUGGAGGGCAAGUGGCGUGUGAUCGUCAACGACGUCCACUACUAUACCCAGACUGCCCGUCUGGAGACCUGCCUGUUCCCAGAGGCCGCCUGCCGUGCCCUGGCUCCCUGCUACAAGAGCCACUGCACCCAGAAGUACGUCUACCACCGCCUUCUGUCUUAUGACCCAUGCGACCCUUACAAGGGUCUCUUUAUCGACAUUUACAAGAUGCCAUCUGCCUGCUCCUGCCACGUCCCAGCUUAAGAACCCGGUGCCUCUCCGGAUUCAUACCUUGCGUAUCCUGCUCCCUAAUCCCAAAUUCCUCAUCCUUUAAAAGUCCCCUCAUAAAUAACCUCCUUAUCAUUGCUCCCUGAUCCUUAAAAAGAACAUUCCCAUCGAUUCCAUGAUGUAGGACCCCCUACCCCUCCUCCCUCAUCCUAAGUCCCUUCCUCAUCCUUAUCCCACCACCCGAGCCUCCUUGGCCAAGUCUAGAAUAUUGACACUGUUUGUUCCUUUCUUCGACUAUCCAGUUGGAUCUCCCGGGGAGAUGCCCGCGUCACAGGGGCGUCCCCCAGGGCUCAAAUGUGAGAAGCUCCCAAGAGACCUAGAGAACUGCUUUCUUUACGUACCGCAACUGACCAUCUAAUAGCAACCAGGGACAACUUGGGAAUUUCUGCACCCCGCUUGGAGUCCAGAUAUCAAAAUUUAUUUCUUUCCUUUUUCAUUUUUUCCUCCUUCCACUAUCAAGUAACUUAUGACACAUGUGAGUGCGAGAUGCUGAGAGUUCUUGUAUUUAUUUUUAUAUUAAAAAAUAGAA